UGUUCUUUUUCUCCAUCAUGUUAUGUCCCACACGAACCUUCUAGAAUUACCAAAACCGCACAGACUCCGGCCAACCCUUGUCUCUCUACGCAGAUCUGCCUCAACCGUUUCGUCUACCUCUUUCUAGGUACGAGUUUUCGUUCCAAUGUUUUGUUUGCUUUGUUUUGUAAAAUUUUUACAUCAAGGCCAUUGUUUUCUAAACGUAAAGUUGUGAUUUUUUGGUUUAGAUUAGGUGAGAUGUGAUGGCUCCGCCACCGGAGGAGCGAAACGGCGGAGAAUUAAUGGCUGGAGAUACGCCUAGAUCUCUUCCGACGCCGUUUUUGACCAAAACAUACCAGCUCGUCGAUGACCAUACCAUCGACGAUGUCAUCUCGUGGAACGAAGAUGGAUCUACCUUCAUCGUCUGGAAUCCAACCGAAUUCGCCAAAGAUUUGCUUCCAAAGUAUUUCAAACACAACAAUUUCUCUAGCUUCGUUCGUCAACUCAACACAUAUGGAUUUAGAAAGGUUGUACCUGAUCGAUGGGAAUUUUCAAACGAAUGCUUUCGUAAAGGCGAAAAACGGCUUUUGUGCGAGAUACAGCGUCGGAAAAUUGCUACGGCAGUAACGUCGAUAGUGGCGGUCGCUUCGGCGGUAUCAGUUCCGCACACGCGGACUGCGUCUCCGGCGGAUUCUGGCGAAGAACAAGUCAUGUCAUCAAAUUCUUCGCCGGCAACUGUCCGGGAAACAGUAUGUGGAAGCACAGCCGAGCUGGUCGGAGAAAACGAGAGAUUGCGAAAAGAGAACCAGCAGCUAAACAAAGAGUUGAGCCAAAUGAAGAAUUUAUGCGGCAAUAUCUACUCUUUGAUGUCGAAUUACUCAAACCCUAAUAACGAACAACCGGAGAGCAGUUCUGAGGCGGUGAAACCGCUUGAUCUUCUGCCGGCGAAGAGAUUUUACUCCGAAUCAGAGAUCAUCGCCGGGCAGAAUAUUCCGACCGAACCGGAGGAAACGAGUGCGAGAUUGUUCGGUGUGGCCAUUGGUUCGAAACGAGUUAGGCAAAGUGAAGGUGUGAUGGCGGAGCAGGACCAGGAAUUACGGCUGCGGCAACCUGGAAUUAGUGGCGUGAAAUCAGAGCCGUCUGAUCAUUCGCAACGGUGAAGGCAAUGGCACCAGCAUGAUCAGGGAGGAGGGUGUAAUUGACAGUUGGUUGACGGAGUUAGGUUAGACUGAUGAACCAAUCAGAUAGGAGAGGGUCCGCACGAUUUGAGGCACGUGCCGAAUGGGUCACGUGCCUUGGGGGUAGCAAAACCUUUGUGGGGACCAUUGUCAAGAAGCUUCUUGGACUUUUUUGCUUUUCUAGGUUGUAAAAGGAUUAUCUUUUUUUUUUUUUACUUUUUUUUUAUUCCGGAAUCUACAUAUAUGCCCAAAUUUUACAAUUGUCACGUGA